AUGGACUGUGGUUGUUGUGUGCCUUCACAGCAAGGCACGCCGUUUGGUGUGCCUGGGUAUAAAUUCAUGACUGAAGCCUUGUAAAUAUUUGAUUAAUUUAACAAGGUACUAAUUGAAGAUCAGAACUAACACAAGAGUCUCACUGGACAAGAAACAACCACCAGUCCAGUAUUUGGGUGGAGAAGAGAACAAGAACAGGACAACAAUGAACAUUCAGUCUGCCAUUAACAAAGAGGUCUUCAUCCCUCGUGAUGAGCGGAUGCUGGUGGCGGUGGAGGUGAGGAGGAGGAAAAGGAAGAGGAUGUCUUUCCUGCCUACUGGAGCCAAAGCGGAUUAUGCCACAUUCAUCUGUGUGUCAGUUACCAACACCAGACCACAUCAGCUUCUCAUUACUAAGGUGAAGCGGUUUGGUGGCUCCCCCACCUUCACCAGGAGAUCCCAGUGGAUGGUGGAGCAGCUCCGACAGGUUAAUGGCAUUAACCCCAACAAGGAUAGCCCAGAGUUUGACCUGGUUUUUGAUAAUACAGUGGAUCAGUGGGUGGCUAGCUCCUCGGCAGAAAAGUGUAUCUUUGUCCAAAUCCUGUACCAUGCUUGCCAGACGUACUGGGAGGGGAAAGCAGAUCGUCUGGGAAAACCAAGGAAGACGGGAAAAGAAGGCCAACAGGAGAGAGUUAAUAAGUGCGAUCAAGACGUGGCAGGAGCUGGUCCCAGAGAAUCCAAAACCCUACAGGCCCGACGGAAGAGCAUUGUUCCUCCCAGACACACAGAAUUCAUUAACUGCCAGUCCAAACUAACAGGAGAUGCCUGCACCAUGAAUCUGGUCAUCUAUCGUUGCAAAGCCUUCUUGAAUCGUGUAAAAAACAUGAUGGUUGCAAACCAAAGUCACUCACCAGGUCAAGGUCGAACAGGGCACCGUGCCACAGGCAGAAAUGUUGGUAAUGUUGUCCAGAGGAUGACUGUGACUCUGGGAGAGCGUGGAAACAGGCUGACUUGUGCUGAGGACAAGACUGUGGAGCUGACACACAAAGUCCAGCAGUUUGCAGACACAGCUCAUAAGCUGGCCCUGAAAUAUUCAAAGUAGAGUGUGUUGGAGGGAGAGUCCUGUAAUAAAGACACUAACCCAGCAGCUACAGCUAACUCAACAAGAUGCUACUGAGAAGACAAUACGGAGAGUGGUUCUCCAGGCUGUCACUGAUAUGCUUCUAUUACAACUGAAUGUAGUAAAGAGAACUAAAUACUGCGUCCCUGUGAUCUGAGGACCUUCUGUCCCAUGACUGAAUGCCACCUGCACCAUUUUCAUUUGAAAUGUUUUGUCUGUUGUCAGAUAGUUCAUGAAAAAGAAAAAGGUAGACUUAUUUAACAUUUAAAUACCCUUGAAAUUUAUUUUGAAACCACUGCAGAUAAGAGUUCGUACUGCUCACAGUGUAUUCUAUUUGAUUUGGUAAGGUAUGUCCACAUUAUGUGACUUUGAUUUAACGUGCUCUAAUAUGUGUCUUUCAUAGUAUUGUCCAGUCUGAUGUCAUUACUUGUUGCUGCCCUUCUGUGUUUUUGUGUGUGUAUAUGCUCGAUAUACAGUGCAGGGUCUCCUGUGUUGUCCACUGUGUUAACAUUAUCUGUCAUGAACAUCAAAGUGUCACAUUAUAUUUACCUUGAUGUCUAUGUCAUUUUGUUUCUUUGUAUUAUCUUAGAAAGUGGAAUGCAGGUAGAUUUGGUAGUUCAGGUAAAUGGUUUUGAUUGAGACCAGUUCUCUUAAAUGUUUGGUUUAUUGCUUUUGGAUGCAGAUUGUAUGUGAUGUAAAUGUGUGAAGUUUUAAUUUUAACCUACCUACUUUUCUCUGUGCUCUAAUUAAAUAAAAACGAGUUGAGCUCA